AUGCUUCAGCCUUGGGCAAGAUUAAGCUGUCGUUUUCUGGCCAUAUUCUUCGUCUUUGCCCUAUCUGUCGGUCAGUUUCUUCAAAACAUCAAACGAAUUGUCGCGAUGUUGUUCGGGUGGUGCUCGCCAUUUCCAGCAGACGAGCACGUGCUCCGCCAUCAGAAGCGAGGGUUCGUCAAUGAUGUGUGUCCGUUCAGCGUCAAUAUGUUGUUUACGGACACUUCUCGAUUCUUCUUGCGA